AUGGCUGGAGACUGGAAUGCAAGAAACACCAUCUGGGGUGACAAAAAUAUGAACGAAAGAGGAGUCCUCCUACACAAUUGGGUUGAAGAUGCUGGAAUACAAAAUAAAACAGCCUUGUACACACCGAUCAAGCCAACUUACCCAAGUGCCGGUUCGUUCCUAGACCACUGUCUAGCUGACUCCAGAAUCACACUCAGAGGACUAAUAACCGGAAAACUGAUCAUUCUUCCGUAUGAUAGUGAUCAUAAUGCUAUCAGUUUCAUAAUUGACUACAAUAACUUUCUAAAAGAGAUCCCGAGUACAACACCUCCAUCUGCAAGAUAUAAUUACAAAAGAGCCAACUGGACCAGGUUUGCUGAUUACUUAGAAGAUAAUAUUACCGAACACCUACCUCAUGACAGAAAUUUAACAAUAAAUGAAAUAGACACCAAUAUACUGAAACUGGAAAAUUACAUACAGGACGCGAUCUCUGCAACAAUUCCCAUAAUUAAAGAUAAUAUCAAAAAGGGCUGCCAAAGGUACGUCAACCACAAAAUCACUAAGCUCCAUAAGUAUAAAUCAGCGCUGGUAGCAGAACUGUUCAAAAAUAAAGACAAUAAAGACCAAGUUAAGGCUGUAAUAAAGAUGGUUAAUAAGCAGUUGAUAAAAGAAUUCAGAAACUCUGAAACAGCUUACUGGGAAGGAUUGGCCAAAAAUAUCAACUAUAGAGACUCAUCUAAGUUCUUUCCAAACAUCAACAGACAUUUUAGAUACAAAGAACCGCCGCGUAUAGAAACAUUAAAAAUUAACAAAAAUAGUCCAUUAAUCUCUGAUCUCACGCUGAAUAAUACCAGACCAGCUGAAGAUAAUAACAAUACCAAUUACAUCAUUGAACAGCCAAUUAUAAAACUGAACAUCAUUGGUAAAUAUUUCGAAUCUAUCAAUUCACCAAGAUACACAAACCAAGGCACACCGAUCAAACACCUGGCAGAUGCAGCAGCAGAAGACAUAAAAUCAAGAGUAGAUAGUCUCAGAAGAUUCAACAACACACAUACCAACUUCUUAAAAACAAAUCCAGCCCACUACCCAACGCAGAAUCAGGAGUCUCCAAAUUACUUACAUACAUAUAUUCAUGUUGCCCUCACUCUAAAGACAGCCAAAAAUAAAACCUCAUCAGGUAUAGACAAUAUACCGAUGAUAGUCCUGAAGCGUCUACCAAUUUCAGUAGUCAAAGAUUAUACCAUAAUCUUUAACAAUUGUUUCAACCAUUCUUACUAUCCAACUCGAUGGAAGAAAGCCAAGGUCAUACCAAUAAAGAAAAAGGAUAAAGAUCACUCCAAACCAGCAAGCUACAGACCAAUUAGUCUUACUGUCAACAUUAGUAAAAUCUUCGAGAAAUUAAUCAAGACCCAGCUCAUGAAUCACGUAAAUGAUAACAACAUUCUUCCUGACCAGCAAUAUGGAUUCAGAGCAAGACACUCUACUGUCCACGCGAUAAAUAAAUUUGCAUCCGACAUAAAUAGACAUCUAUUAAACGGUAAACUAGUUGGUACUGCACUCAUAGAUCUCGAAAAGGCGUUCGACUCUGUUUGGUUGAACGGCCUUAUUUAUGUCUUAAUACAAAUGAAUUUUCCUGUGACUCUAAUCUUGCUGAUUUACGAUAUGAUCCACGGUAAAUCUUUCAUCGUCUGGGAUGGUGUCAACCUAUCAACACUAAUAUUUAAUAUAUUAGAGGGACUUCAGCAAGGGACCGUAACUUCACCAAUACUCUUCAUCAUAUUCACUAGCAAGAUCCUUAAUAAAUUCGGCCUAAAUACUGGUAAUAACACCCAUAGCGGAGCAUAUGCGGAUGAUGAAGUAGUAUACGUGGCAGACAGCAAGAUAACAACAAUUCAAGACAAACUAACAAAAAUAGUUCAUGAUAAAUAUCACUGCUAUAAGUUAUGGAACCUGAAAAUGAACCCGGACAAGAGUGAGACAAUUUUAUUCAGAAAGACUGUAAACGAGAUCACUCCUUCCACAGUCCAACUGAUUAAGACAUUCCAGAUCACCUUUACGGAUAACGACACAGGCGAAGUAUUUAACAUACCAAAUAAAAACACGGUCAAAUAUCUGGGAAUCCACUUUGAUUAUCUGAUACGAAUGAACAAACAUCAUGCUAUCCAGCUGAAAAAAGCUAAAAAUGCGUUCAGAGCAAAUUCCCGGAUAUUCUAUGACAGAAACAUACAAACCAAAGCUAAGUUGAUAUGUUAUCAACUUCUAGUCAGGCCUAUCUUCAGUUACGCUGCCCCAAUAUGGUGGAAUGUUGGCCCAUCGGUCAUGGAGAAGUACCGCAAAUUCGAGAGAUCCUGCAUAAAAGCCUGCUUAGGUAGAUACAGAUCAGCUGAGUCUAAUUACAUCAAGCGACUUAGCAACAAAGAAAUAUACGACCAAGCAGACAUUACCAGGUUCGAUUGCUUCUGCCUCACUCUCACAAGGAACUACUUUAGUACAAUGUACGAAAUUGGUAAUGACACCAUCAACAAACUGAAGGUGGAGAACACCGAACAGGUGAGAAGGAUGGCCAAAAGCAAUUAUAGUCCACCAGAGCUAUUUACCAACCUUGACCGUAUGGGCUGCAUACAAAAUGAGUAUAAUGUGCCUAUCAUAUACCACAUAAGAAGGCACUGUGCAAGAAAAGCCAUAUUUACUGAUAUGGAACAUCUACCACCAGAGUCCAUAGUAUACUCGACCGCACUCCCGACCAGAGAUCACGAUAGCCUGGACAGGCUAAAUGAAAAAUACUGGUGGCUUCAGGGUGAAGCGAAACACCUAGACGAAUUACGAAGGAGAGCAAGAUUUAAGAAGCAGCAAAACCAACAACAACAAAGAGUACAACCGCUCUUAAAUAGCCGGAGAUCUCAUAGGCAGUAA